UUCUGCACACCUGCCAUGGGUUUCUGGGUCUUUCUCAUCGCAUCGUUCUCUUAUUUCAUAGCAAUUACCAAAGUAUCGACUCUACCUAUUGCAGAACCUUUGCAGAGGGAGGAAGUUUUGAAACAGAACCCUCUUAUCGACUUCCCAACCCCAUAUGUAUUUGGCUACGACAUUCAGGAUGGAAAAGGAACAUCUCAACAUCGCCACGAGAUAUCAGAUUUGAAUGGUUUCGUCGAAGGAACGUACGGAUAUUCAGAUCCCCUUGGAGUACAUAGGAACGUUCGUUAUACUGCAGAUUUAAAUGGUUAUCGUGCUGUUAUCCGUUCAAAUGAACCUGGAAUAUCCGAUCAAAAUACAGGUGAUGCAGUGUAUCUUGUCCAACCGCCACCACCAGCAGCUAUUUUCCAAGGUGCCAAAGUUAUCGUCCCAUUUCAAAAUGUGUGAAAGGUCAUGAAAAAUGCAUUCAGAAUGUUAAAUGGAGAAUGUAGCGUAAAACAUUAAAAUGUUUUUAUGUUACAUUUUGUUCUGUCACUAUUUUUUCCAGUUUCUGUCCUGCUAAUAUAUCUUCUUAGGUUUGUACAUAUUAGUUAAAAUUCCGCCUUGUUCUCCUAUUUAAUAAAUCAAUAAAAAUUUUUAAAUACUUCAUUUUCAUUAUGCAUUAUGC